AUGGAGGGCGACGUGUGCGGCACCUUCAAGGUGCCGGAGGAACACGUCACGGUAGGCGUCAGCAACACCGACUUCGUGCUGUACGUCGCCUCCGUGCCGAGCGAGCCGGGCGUGCUGGCGGCUGCUGUGAUCUGUCAGACAUUCUCCGACAGCCGACCUGCCGUGGGUGUCAUCAACAUCCCUGCGGCGAACAUUCGGUCACCCUACGACCAAUUAAUGGUGCGCACCGUGACGCACGAGGUGGCACACACCCUCGGCUUCGACCUCACCCUUUUCGAUGAACUGGAACUCAUUGAUGAAGUGAACAACUUGCGCGGGAAGGACUACGAAGCUCCUGUGCUCAGCAGCCCCACAGUGAUGGCCAAGGUGCGCGAACAGUACGGCUGCCCCACCUUGGAGUUUCUGGAGCUGGAGGAUACGGGUGGUGGAUCUGCUGCCGGCUCGCAUCUUAAGGGGCGCAACGCCAAGGACGAGCUCAUGGCGCCUGUCUCGGCUGCUGGGUACUACACCGCCCUGACCAUGGCCGUCUUCCAGGACCUCGGCUUCUACCAGGCGGACUUCACCAAGGCCGAGGUGAUGCCGUGGGCCAAUCUCGCCAGCUGCGACUUCCUCACCAAUAAGUGCAUGGAGAGGAACAUCACGCAGUGGCCCGGGAUGUUCUGCAACACCACGGAGCCUUCGUAUCGGUGCACCAGCGACCGCCUUAAAAUCGGGAGAUGCAGCAUAACCACGUAUGACGACCCGAUGCCGACAUACUUCCGGUACUUCACCGAAACUUCUGUCGGCGGUCGAAUAUCGUUCAUGGACUACUGCCCGGUUAUCGUGGGCUACGGCACUGCUGCUUGCAAUCAGGACCCAUCGACGGCAUCGCCUACUGUAAAGGAGUUCAGUCUCUUCUCCGACUCGUCGCGCUGCUUGGAUGGAAACUUCGCACCGAAGCACAACACUGGUCCAUCUGACCACUACAACGGCUUGUGCGCCAACGUGAAGUGCGACAGAGCCCACCACACGUACAGCGUCCAGGUGUACGGCAGCAGCGGCUACGUCGCAUGCACGCCGGGCGAGAGUGUUGAGCUGGCCACGAUCAGCACCGCCUUCGUGGAAGGUAGCUACAUUAUCUGCGCGUCGUACGUGGAGGUGUGCCAGGCCAACAUCAAGGGGCUCAUAGACUUCGAGGGAGACGCUGCCGACACAGCGGCGGUGUGA